GCAUAGAGACCUCGGUAUUAUGCGCUAAAUAAAUUCCACUACAUACAUAGGCCUACAUAUAUUUUUGUGAUUAUCACUGGAUGGAUAAAUAAUUACAGCUUCCUGCAUAGACUAUACAAAUAAUGACUGCAGUUUAGACCGUCAAAACUUUAUCAAGUAUACCGUAUCCACAACAGUAGAAAAUGGCUGACAAAAAGGUGGCAGGUGUAGUUGUUGGUAUAUUUGUUUGUUGUUGUGUGGGUCUACUAGCUGGUUAUUUCCUAGGUAGGGAAAUACACUUUCGUCCUCCGGUUGAUUGUAAAUGGCAAAACUGGACUCAAUGGAGUGAAUGUUCUCAACAAUGUGGUGUAAAUGAAACACAACAUAGAAAUAGAUCGUACUCGACACAAGCAGAGUAUGGAGGAAUUGACUGCUAUGGAGAGCAUUUUGAGAAACGUAGGUGCAACGUAUUGUGUUAUAAUGGAGGUACUACCCUGUCGGAACGAAACGGCUGUAAAUGUAAACGUGGAUUUACUGGGAAGUGCUGCGAAUGUGAAGUAAAAGAUUGCAAAAUGAGCCAGUGGAGUGACUGGUCAACGUGUUCGCGUGAAUGUGGUUCUCUCGGAACAAGGUUCAGGACUCGCAAUAUUGACCAGACUCCAGAAUGUGGUGGAACUGCAUGUACAUCGUCACUGACUGAACAGCAGCCAUGUAAUCGAAUUUGCUACAAUAGUGGUAGGAUAGAAGACGGCAUCUGCAAGUGUCCAUCCGGAUAUAGGGGACAAUGCUGUGAGUGUAAAAUAAAACACUGUGAAUUGACUCAAUGGAGCGAUUGGUCACCAUGCUCGCAUGCUUGUGGACCUUUGGGGACACGCUAUAAACUUCGAGAUAUCCAACAGUCACCAGAAUGCGGUGGAAGAAAAUGUCCAUCUGUUUUUUCCGAGCAACAACCAUGUAAUCGAAAGUGCUACAACGGAGGAACGUUGAUCGGUUCAGGCAGAGGCUGCAGAUGUCCAAAUGGGUUUGGUGGUCAGUGUUGUGAUGUUAAUGUGCAGGACUGUGCUAUGAUUCCAUGGAGCCAGUGGUCAUCUUGCUCACAUACGUGUGGUCCGCUAGGAAAACGGUUUAGAAUACGUGAUAUUGAUCGAUCGACUGUAUGUGAGCAGACUAUGUUCCCUUCUGAGUUGUCAGAGGAGCAGUCAUGUAAUCGAAUUUGUCAGAACGGAGGAACACUUUCUGAAAGGCGUUGUAAUUGUCCAAUCGGAUACAGUGGCAUUUGUUGUGAAUGCAGGACACAAGACUGUGUCAUUACUUCUUGGAGCGACUGGUCAACGUGUUCGGAAAGGUGUGGUGAUCUUGGAACGAGAUUCAGAACGCGUGUGGUAGAUAAGUUUCCAGAAUGUGGAGGAAUUGCAUGUACGUCUGUCUUAGCACAACAGCAACCAUGUAAUAAAAUUUGUUUCAACGGAGGCAGUUUAAUUGCUCUAGUAAAAGAUUGCAGAUGCCCUGAUGGAUUCGGUGGUCAGUGCUGUGAUAUCAGUGUACAAGACUGUGCCAUGAUUCCUUGGAGCCAGUGGUCACCAUGCUCACAUACUUGUGGUCCGCUAGGGAAACAGUUUAGAACACGUGACAUCGACAGAUCGUCUGUGUGUGGCCAGUCUAUGUUUCCUUCUUUAUUGUCAGAGGAAAAGUCGUGUAAUCAAGUUUGUUUGAAUAGAGGGACACUUUCCGAAAAUCGUUGUGAUUGUCCAGUUGGAUACAACGGCCAAUGCUGUGAAUGUAAGAUACAAAAUUGUAUCAUGAAUGCUUGGAGCGAAUGGUCAACGUGUUCUCAGAUGUGUGGUGCUUUUGGAAAGAGAUUUAGAACUCGUGAUAUAAAUCAGUUUCAAGAAUGUGGGGGAGCUACAUGUACGUCUGCUCUAACUGAACAACAGACAUGUAACCGAAUUUGUUUUAACGGUGGUACACUUUUGCCUGGUAGCUGCAAUUGUCCAUCUGGUUUUACUGGAAAAUGUUGCGAAUGUAAAAUAAAACAUUGUGAAAUGACUGAAUGGAAUGAAUGGUCACCAUGUUCACAUUCAUGUGGACCUAUAGGAACACAGUUUAGAGUUCGCGAAAUGUUACAGUCACCAGAGUGUGGUGGAAGAACAUGCCCAUCUGCCAUUUCCGAACAACAGCCAUGCAACCAAAUGUGCUACAAUGGAGGCAGUUUGGUUGCUUCAGAGAAAAGUUGCAGAUGCCCCGAUGGAUUCUCUGGUCAGUGUUGUGAUGUUAGACUACAAGAUUGUGCUAUGAGUCCAUGGAGCCAGUGGUCUCCUUGCUCACACUCUUGUGGCCCCCUUGGAAAGCAGUUUAGGACACGUGAUAUUGAUCGAUCGUCUUCGUGUGGACAGACCAAGUUUCCUUCUUUGUUAUCAGAGGAGCAGUCAUGUAAUCAAAUUUGUUUUAAUAGAGGGGCACUUUCCAAAUCCCGUUGUAAUUGUCCAAACGGAUACAGUGGAACUUGUUGUGAAUGCAAGGUAAAAGACUGCGUCAUGAAUGCCUGGAGCGAAUGGUCAACGUGUUCUGAGAUGUGUGGUGCUUUUGGAAAGAGAUUUAGAACUCGUGAUAUAAAUCAGAUUCCAGAAUGUGGGGGAGCUGCGUGUACGUCUGUCCUAACAGAACAACAGCCAUGCAAUCGAAUUUGUUUCAACGGUGGUGCAGUUUGGCCUGGCACCUGCAAUUGUCCAUCUGGUUUUACAGGAAAAUGUUGCGAAUGUAAAAUAAAACAUUGUGAAAUGACUGAAUGGAAUGAAUGGUCACCAUGUUCGCAUGCGUGUGGACCGUUAGGAACACAAUUUAGAGUUCGCGAAAUUUUACAGUCACCAGAGUGCGGUGGAAGGACAUGCCCAUUUGCCAUUUCCGAACAACAGCCAUGCAAUCAAAUGUGUUACAAUGGAGGAAGUUUGGUUCCUUCAGAGAAAAGUUGCAAAUGUCCAGAUGGAUUCACUGGUCAUUGUUGUAAUGUUAAAUUACAAGACUGUGCUAUGAUUACGUGGAGCCAGUGGUCAUCCUGCUCACAUACUUGUGGUCCGUUAGGAAAACAGUUUAGAACACGUGACAUCGACAGAUCGUCUGUGUGUGGACAGACUAUGUUUCCUUCUUUAUUGUCAGAGGAAAAGUCGUGUAAUCAAUUUUGUUUGAACAGAGGGACAAUUUCUGAAAGUCGUUGUGAUUGUCCAGUUGGAUACAGUGGCCAAUGCUGUGAAUGCAAGAUACAAGACUGUGUCAUGAGUGUUUGGAGCGAAUGGUCAGCUUGUUCGAAAAAAUGCGGACCUCUAGGUAAACAGUUUAGAACACGCAAUGUUAUUAAGGAACCGGCCUGUGGUAGAGAUGCCUGCCCCAUUAACCUUACUGAUCAAAGAGUAUGCAAUCAGUUCUGCUACAACAGCGGAAUUCGGAAAACACAGGAGGACACAUGCAGCUGCCAAGAAGGGUUUAGUGGCGAUUGCUGUGAAUGUGAAAAUGUUGACUGCAGUCUUAGUGAAUGGAGUGAUUGGUCGUCAUGUCAAAAUGCAACGCGCCAGAUUAGAUCACGUGACCUUGUAAAGUACGCAAAGUGUGCAGGUAAACGAUGUGAUGGGUCGUUAACCGAUGAGCGUUCGUGCGCAGCCUUACUGAAGACCAAUGUCCUAGUUUCAAAAGCGGGAAUUGGAGUAUUUGGUGGGUACGCUGUACUUGUUACAUAUAUGUUUGGUAUGGCAGUACUAUAUUUCUUUAG